ACGCUACGAAAGGGGGCUCGAGAACCAUUGCAUCGAAUAGCCCAUAAUACUCGAGGAGGAGUAUUCUAAGUCGCUUUGAAGCAUGGAGGAGCCGCGAUCUCAAUGGCGCUCGACAAAAGGCGUGAUAGACAAUUUUCGGAGAAGGAAAAUCACCUUUAUGGAAAAGGCAGACGAGCUAAGGAGCGAGUUUGGCUAUAACAUUUACGUUUUGGGACGGAGAAACGGAAAACUCUUUAAUUACAUAUCUAGAGAUAGACCUUCCUGGCCGCUCAGCUUAACAGAAGUCGAUCAGAGUUAUCCUAGGGCAGAAAGAUAUACACCGGCUAGCUUCUUAAAACGAGGCACCAAAUCUCUGCUCUAUAAAGACCGGAAGGGACAAGACAAUCCUAUAGUAAGGAUUGAGGACUUUCAGACUAGGGAUAUAACAGGUACUAGGAGAUAG